CGUGUCCGGGCCGCGGGUCGCCCGCCGUGCCCGUGCGAGGCCGGGUGGGAGCUGCGGGGGAGGCUGUGUCUGCCUGUGGGCUGCGGAGCCUCCCGGAGCAGUGGGUGGCCGCGGGGGCUCUGGACAGCGCCCAGGGGCUGCUGCGGUGUGUGCGGGUUAAAUGGCCUGUGAGUGCCUUCCAGUGCCUCCAGUGCGGGUCCACCCUGUUCCAGUCCCUGGAAUGUGGGAAAAGCUGGGGGUGAGGCGGAGAGGAUCCCCCGGUGGCUGGUGGUGCUCACCCAGAGCUCACGCCUGUCCUGCUGGCCGGGCCCCUCGGAGGGGCGGUGGGUCCUCUAAACCCAGCACUUGUGUUCUGCGGCCUCUUCCUUCAGGGUUUUAAGAUCUCUGAAAUGAAAGUAAAAUUUUGUUAAGGGUUUGUUCUCACGUUGCUCUUCCUCCAGGAGCUGCUCUAUGAAGCAUAUAUAUAUAUAUAUAUAUAUAUACACACACAUAUAUAUGUAUAUGUCUGUACAGCCUGUCCUUCAGUGAAAAUUGCUGCUGUAGUAUUGGGACUGCCAAACUGUUCCCCACCACCCAAACAUCAGAUUUAGGGUACCUGCCGAAAUGCUUCUCUGCCUCUCUGGGCCUGUGAGCAGGAGAGCAAUAGCCAAGGGGAUGCAGCAUGUCUAGGGGUAUCCUAGGGCAGCAGAAGGGAUGACACCUUGCAGGUGCCUCUACCUGUGAUGAGAGAAAACUGGGAGCUUCUCAGUUGGACUGUAUUAUAUCAAUCCUUGCAUUUUUAUAUGUAUAUAUAUUUUAUCCAAUUCCUACAGGAAGCUGGAGCAUUUCAAAGCUUUUCUGGCUUACAAGAAAUCCCAAUAGGAUUGUCAGAGCAUCCAGGAAUACCCAGAGCACAGAAAUUACAUAGGUCACAUCUAGGGAGCUGUAUUACUAGAAAAGGGAAUUCCCUGUUGUUGGAAUUUCCUUCUUUCUGCAAUCACUAGCAAUUAGAGUGUUGCAAAAGACUUCUCUUCAAGAUAGUUACUCGGGAACAGCACUGACAACUUGAAUCCAAGGAUUUCAGCAACAUUUUAUGGUAGCUCUUUGUUCCUUUGAGCAGUAUGUGAUACUUCCUUCUAUCCCUCCAAAUAUGAAUCUGCACUGCCUGGUUGCUGCCUUGUAGUGGGAGGAAUGGGCAGGAGACAGCCCUGACUCACUGGCCCUUGGCUGCUGAGGGUGGAGAAUGACGGGGAAAUGUUAACUUCCCUGGAGCUGACAUUGGCUCUGCGAUGGACUGGUGUCCUAUUGCACCUCCUGGAGACACACACUCAUCUCACACCAGGGCCCGUUGCUGAACCCCAGAAGAUCUCUCACUGUCAGGACAAUGGGUUGCCUCAUGUAAUUACCGUCUGAGAAUUAGCUUCAGAUGUGGAAGAAUGCAACAAAAUGAAAAAUCUGCGAGUCCUUCAAUGACUAAGUAAGGUCUCCGUUCUCAUGAUUUAUCUGAUUUACUUCUCCUGGAGCCAUGGAUGAGUACAGUCGCUUUGUGGACUGGGACAAAAUGGAUGUGAGUGCCCAGAGCCAGGACACGAAGGAGCUCAGCUGCACCGAGUUCCAGGAGCUCAAGCACCUGGCCCGGCAGGGCUACUGGGCCAAGAACCACUGUCUGAGAGCCAAAGUGUACCACAAACUCAUCAGCAGCAUCCCAUGCCGCACGGUGACCCCAGAUGCCAACGUGUACCGGGACAUCGUCGUGAAGAUUGUGGGAAAGCGCAGCAGCAGCUCCCUGCCCCUGCCAGAGUUUGUGGACAACAGCCUGGUCCCCACGUACUGCCUGAACGCAGAGGGCGUCGGGGCGGUCAGGAAGAUCAUCCUGUGCAUCGCCAACCAGUUCCCGGACAUCUCGUUCUGCCCGGCGCUGCCAGCGGUGAUCGCGCUGCUGCUGCACUACAGCAAGGAUGAGGCCGAGUGCUUUGAGCAGGUCUGUCGCAUCCUGGCCUGCAAUGACCCCUCCAAGCGGCUCAUCGACCAGACCUUCCUGGCCUUUGAGUCCUCCUGCAUGACCUUCGGGGACCUGGUGAACAAGUACUGCCAGGCAGCCCACAAGCUGAUGGUGGCCGUGUCUGAGGACGUGCUGGAGGUGUACUCGGACUGGCAGCGGUGGCUCUUUGGGGAGCUGCCCAUGGCCUACGUCGCGCGGGUCUUUGACGUGUUCCUGGUGGAAGGGUACAAGGUUCUCUAUCGCGUCGCGCUGGCUCUUCUGAAGUUCUUUCACAAAGUCAGAGCUGGGCAGCCCAUGGAGUCCGACAGCAUCCAGCAGGACAUCCGAGCCUUCGUGAGGGACAUCGCCAAGUCAGUUACUCCAGAGAGGCUCCUGGAAAAAGCCUUUGCUAUCCGCCUUUUCUCUCGGAAGGAGAUCCAGCUGCUGCAGAUGGCCAAUGAGAAGGCUUUGCAGCAGAAAGGCAUCACGGUCAAACAGAAAAGCCUUGCACCUCCCAAAAGGCAGAAUGUGCACUUGGCAGUUCAUGCUGAGAACUUCAAGUCAGAAAUUGUCAGUGUGAAGGAAAUGAGAGACAUCUGGUCAUGGAUCCCAGAGCGAUUUGCUCUGUGCCAGCCCCUCCUGCUUUUCACCACCUUGGAACAUGGCUGUAGCCUAAGCAGGUUCUAUUCCCACAGUGAGGGACACGAACCAACUCUUCUCCUCAUCAAGACAACAGCAAAAGAGGUCUGUGGGGCCUACCUGUCCACGGACUGGAGCGAGCGCCGGCGAGGAGGGAACAAGCUGAGCUUCUUUGGGACUGGAGAGUGCUUUGUGUUCAGGGUGGCGACCGAGAGUCUGGAAUGUCCUUUGCUGAGCAGAGCUCUGUGCAGUGUGGGCACUAACUACAGCCCUGCUCUCUCUGCCCCUCUGCAGCUGCAGCCAGAAGUGGAACGCUACGAGUGGGUGAUCAUAAAGCACCCAGAACUGGCCACAGCUGGCCCAGAGACAGAGAACCACUCCUCCCCAGCUCCCAGCACGCUCUCCUCCGGCAGUGGCCCCUCGGAGCCCUCGGAUCGCCUCUCUCCCUUCCUGUCAGCGCGGCACUUCAACCUGCCUUCCAAAACUGCCUCCAUGUUCAUGGCUGGCAGCAGCGAGUGCAUCAUCGUCGGAGGAGGUGAUGGCCAGGCUCUGUACCUGGAUGCAGAUCUGAACCACGGGAGAACCAGCCACUGCAACACUUUCAAUAACCAGCCACUGUGCUCUGAAAACUUCCAGAUCUCUGUGCUGGAGGUGUGGGGCUUCAGGGACACCAUGAAUGGUUGACAUGACUGUCAUUAAUCAACUAGUUUUUCAGUUGUUCUAGGAUUCCCACGGCAAAUUCCAAGGCAGGAGCCAAGUUGGAACAUCCUUUUUGCUGGGCUUAGUGCUGUCAGUCAUUCCUAAGUGGUGCACUUGGAUACAGGGCCUAGUUGUUUACUCUUGUUUUAGACAGGUCAAGGUGAAGUAAUGUCAACUCCUUGUCUCUUUACCUCUAGAGCUCUGUAUUCAGGCCCUGCUAUUAGGUGGAAAUGAACGUGUGAUGAUUUCAGACCCAUCCUAGGAGGAUACAGGUCCAUAUCACGGGAUAGGUUUGGCGUUUGCAGUUCCUCAGAGGCACAGCACUGGCUGAGCUGUGCUGCAGAGCUCUGAGCCACUGGCACCCGUACCUGGCCUGAGCCAGGAAUAUCAAAUGUCUUCUCACAGGGAACACUGGUGACCUCAGAUUUGAUGUAGAACAGUAGUUCGUAAAACCAUUGCCCUACUCUGAGCAGACUUUGUGCAGACAAAUCAGUACCAUUAAGUUAUGAAGCUCUUAAUUCACACCAGAACCAUGAUUGCUAAUCCUCUCCUUGUACCAGAACACUUGGCACGUCCCAGUUGUAUCUGUUUGAGGAGUAUGCCUCUGAGAGAGGCAUCCAGGCUGGACAGUCAUAUCUCCAAGGCUUGAUUUUGUUUACAUUCCUACUCCAUAUCAGUAUGAUGACUUCAGACCGACUUGUGUGUCAGGCAACUGGAAGCCAGAGCAUAUCUGCAGUGCUCAGAAACAGCCCUUUCCUCAUCCUUCCUGGGAGCUGAAAUGGAGCUUUAAAUCUGAGGAUAACUGUGCUGAUAUCCCUGUGUGUCUGGGGAAUUAGACAUGGUGACACGGGAGCUUCAUGCUCUCCCCACAAGCAAAGGAAGAAGAUAGGAGGAAGAUCCUGGAAAAAGUAGCAGUUUCCUGCCAGCAUGUUCUAGUAGGUUCUGGGUGAUGCAGAGAGGCUUUUGCUCAUUCCUGAGCAUUCCUACAGUCCUCUUUGGGCAUGGCAGGUGGCAUGUAAUAUCUGGAGGCAGUUUCCCAGUGUCUUUACCCAAAACUUGCAGUGUCACCUGUGGAGCUUCUCCCACAUGAAGCACAAAUACAUAAACAUCAGUGAGAAGUCAAGAGCAUACAACAGGAUGCUCAAAGCUUCAGUGAGUAACUCACCAGUAAGAUUUAUCACAACAGGUAAAAUGAAGGGAAAGAGAAAUUGCUGAUUCUUUCAACAGUUCAGUCUAAAAGAUUGCUGUAAAGUGGGAGAAAUGUUAUUGCUACUUGAACUUCAUUAAAAGGAAAAAUUAAGCAUUAAUAAUGUUAAAAGUUCAGCUGGACAGGGUCACAUUCAUGUUCAGAGGUGAGAUUUUGGUGAUGGUGGCUUGUCCAGCUUGGCAGCAGUGACAAUCCCAAAUGGCUUGGCAGAGGGCUGCCUCUUGCAGAGUAUGUGAACAAACUUGGCAAAAAUACGAUUUGCUGCUUAAGGUACCAUUUUGAAUUUUUGUCAAAAUAACUCUCUGAAAUAUUGGCCUGUGUGCAGAACAGUUUAGGGUGUCUUUUGUACCAUUUGUGUUUGCAACUGGAUUCUCUCACCCUGUCUGAGGGUCAGCACUGGGCCUCCCUUUCUCCUCCUUCCCACUCAGUGAGUUCUGUCCAGCUGUCUUUUCACAGGUUUACCAUAGGCUUGAUUGAACUGGGAGAGAUAAUUCAUUUAUACUGAUGUAUUUAGAUGUGGAAGAACUCAGUCAUAUCAGGCUUUUUGCAAACACUGGCCGAUGCUGCCUUCUGUUAUAUUUUUCAAAGCCACCUGUGUCACUUUGCCCUUGCAGGUAUCCCACAAUCUUCCUCAGACAAAAGAAAUUACUCAGAACAUGUAUCCCAUUUAGUAGGUUCUCCUCAGUGUAGGUGAGUUUUCACUUUUGUCUGCAUCUUCUCUUUUGAGCUUAUGUGAGGUGCCCUUGGUAAAAAAAAAAGAAAAAGACCAACUCAAAAACACAAUAGCAUUAAUUUCCAGGUUGUUGUCAGAAAUUCCCUGGAGCUGUGUGUUGGCAGGAUUUGUGGGAGUUGAAUAUUAUGCUCCAAAUGAAUAGGUUUUAUCUGCAGAAUCUUUGCUGCAGUGUGAUGGGAUUUCCUCAGCAGUGUGAUGGGAUUUCCUCACUCCCAUCCCUACUGGAUGCAGCAAUGGCAAUACCUUGUCGUAUGCCAUACCUAAGAAACAUGCCUCAGAAACAUGCUCCUUUCCCUGCCAUGUUCUUAGUGCACACUGAUUUGGAUGUUUGGAAUCAGAAGUAAUUCCUGGUUGCUCAGAAGUCCAUUGUUGUGUGAGAAUCCAAGGAGCAGUACUGGACACCAGGCACAGGGUUGGUUUGGUUUGAUAAAGGCAUCCUGUGGGACUGGUCUAUGUGGUUUGAACUGGAAUAGCCUAGGUAAGCAAGAGGCUGCAACAAUCCUGGGAGAGGAGCUGUACAGUCCUGUGGCAUCUUCACACAGUCCUUGUGUUCAGUAAAAGUGGAUGUUCCUUGUCACAUGCAAAUCCUCAUCUGUCAUUCCUGUAGUGGUUGUGAGACACCUUAGAGGAACAAGACUUUGGCUUCUUUCCAGUACCAAAGAGGCGUUUUUCCUCUCUGUAGUUAAUGGCUGUUGCUGACCAAGUGUUUAUCAAAGUUUGUUACAGUUUGUCACAUGCAAAGCCCUUGAGGUGGAGGCCACAGGCUGGUUUUGAAGACAAUGACUGCAAUGGGCACCUUAUCAGAAAGUUCAAGUUAUCUCAAGUGCUCCAGCUGUGAAGUGCUUUAGUCAGUUGUUACUUGCAGCUCUGAACAAGUGUUGGUGUAGUUUGUAGUCCCUCUUUGUGGUCCCCUGGCAGCAAUGAUAGCAGUGCCAGAGUCAGGGAAUGAGCCCUUUGUGGAGCUGGGCUGGGCCUCAGCCACCACCGUCCUGCAGGAGCAUGUCUGCCUUCCUGAGAACCUGCUUUUGCUGUGGCAUAUUCUCUUGAAAGCAGAAAAGAUUCAAAACUCCUGACACCAGAAACUUGACUUCAUUGUGAAUGACAUUCAGGCUGUUUGCAGGCCAUGGGAACUGUUUCCAGCUGCAGCCAGGCUGGACAGACUUCACUGCUCCUGAGCUGCCAUUCCUACAGCUCCUGCACUUUGGCACACUCCCUUUUCUGAUUGAAGCACAUUAAUCACCCUCCUGUUAACAGAGGCAAAUUAACAAAGGGAUGGGAAAAACUCCCAUUUUCUCUCUGGUGACAUAUCUGAAGUCAAAAUGGAGUGGGGCCAGUACUGUUCUUUAAAGAGUUAAACCAUGCCAAUAGAGAUCUGUGGUUACCCACAGAGGAGGGGUGGCACGUGCAGAUCCUUCAACUGCUGUCUGUGUGUGUGCGUUGAAUUUGUGUACUUUCUCCGUUGAAUUUGUGUACUUUCUCCUUGGAAAUCCAUCGUCAUUUUUGAUGGGGAGUGAUGUCCUCUGCCCGCUGAGCACAGGGACACUGCUGCCACGGCCAGCAGGGACCAAGAGCUGAGCUGCAGCUCCGGCGAGUGACAUCCAAGGCGUUGUGCACCCGGCUCUUGGGAUGCCUUUGUGCCAGCUCUCUGUCCUGAAUUUCAGACUAUUCACAGUCAUGUUGAGUGUGUGCACUAUUUGGGGUGAUGUUCUCUCAGAUGAGUGGUGGUGUGCUGUUGAUUUGGUUUUCUACCCUCCCUUGGAAUCGCUGCCCUACGUCGAUGGUAUUUUUGUCACUGUGCGGAAUCUUGGAUUAUAUUAAAGGUAUUUGACUGUG